GGGAAAAGGAGCGAGAACAGGAGAGAGAGAGGGAAAGGGGUAGGGAUAAAGAUUGGGAAAGAGACAGAGAUGGAGAAAUUGUCAUCCCACCCCCAAAGACCACUCCCAAACUCGGCAUCGCACCCACCGCUACCACAAAAACACACACCCACACACACACUCAUGCCCUGUCCCCCUCCCCUAGCACAGGGCCCCCUCCAGCCCGGGAUCACAAGCACACCCUUGUCCCCUCAGCGGGUCCCACCCCUCCCCUGACCCUCUCACCCACUCCCUGGGAUGGUCAGGGUACCCUCACCCCUGGAGUUAGACCCACCUCCAGAGUACCCCCUCAGCCUCCUGUUCCGCGGCCCAGAGUCCCCCCAGCUACUCCUGGCAGACACCCUCCACUGCCCCCCUCGAACACCACCAGCCUGGCUCGCCCCCCCAUGCUGCGACCUCCAGGGAGGGACCCCAUAAAACCACCACCACCCGUGACCUAUGUCCCCGGCAACCGACCGACGACCACUACCAAGGCAACCACUGUUACCACGACAACCACUGGCACCCUGGCGAGCGUCACCUGGACUCCCCCAGUCCAGGCCCCUCCAGGACGCCAGUACCUGUGUAACGUCACCAAGCCUGACAUGUACCUGGUCAGAGUGGUCCUGCCUAAGUCUGCCUCCACUGUGGGCUUUGGCCAGGUCAGGGACAUCUUGAAGAGGGAGUUCAACUGCUCAGUGGAGCUACAGGUCCUGAGAACUCCGUCUAGCUUUGCGUUCCGUGCUGUGGCGGGACCUCUGAUCUUCACCGCCAUGUCUGUCAUCAACGCUCUGCGCCAGUCAACACCAGGCUCCUCCUCGUUACCCACUGUCUCACCCCUCUACAGCAUACCUGAUCACAAGUACCAGAUACACUCUGUGCUGCAGUUCGUGCCCAGUCACGUGGAUGUGCGUGUGUGUAACUUCAGUGAGCGAGUAGAGAGAGGAUUGCUGAUGGCCUACACAGAGACACGCCGACGUGCAUAUGAAUUUGGCAAUGUUACUGUACAGCUUCUGAACAUCACCAUGGGUCAGGCCAAGCCACAGGGUGACCAGAAGGUUCCUGUGGACAUCACGUUUGCAUUGCGUGAUGGACGGGGCUACCUGUUAGGGUCAGAGGUCAGCGGUCACCUGAGACACCUAAGCACGGUGGAGUUCAGCUUCUACCUGGGCUUCCCCGCGCUGCAGAUCGCUGAACCCUUCCACUACCCCGAACUGAACGUUUCUCACCAUCUACGCUCCUCCUGGGUCCGCACAGUGUUACUGGGUGUCCAGGAGCAGACGGUGACUGAGCGGAGCUUCAAGGCUCGUCUGGAGCGCCGUCUGGCCCUGCUGCUGGAGGAGGGGGAGGGGCUGGGGGACGGGAGUCAACGGCGCCACUGGAAGAGAUCCACGGCCGUGGGUAACAACAGCUUACAGGUGGUGCGUGUGUCGAGACUGGCAGGUUCAGGGCGUUCUCUGGAAGUGGUGUAUUUUGUGGAGGGACCAGGGGGGGAGAGAGUUCCUGCUGAUGCCACCGCUGCCACCCUCAACCGCCUGGAGCUGCAACGGGCUGCCAUCGUACUGGGGCACCGCGUCCAGAGACCCCUUGCCCAGCCUGUGGAGACGCUGACAGUGCCCCCGUCUGAGACUCCGAGCAGCAGUGUCUGGCUGAUUGUGGGGGUGGUAGUGCCUGUCCUGCUGGCUAUCUUCAUCAUCAUCAUCCUCUACUGGAAACUGUGCGGCUCGGAGAAGCUGGAGUUCCAGCCUGACGCCAUCAACACCAUCCAGCAGAGACAAAAGCUGCAGGCUCCCAGUGUGAAAGGGUUUGACUUUGCCAAGCUCCACCUGGGGCAGCACAGUAAGGAUGACAUCAUGGUGAUCCAGGAGCCUGGUGCACUCCCUAUGCCCAUCAAAGAGGCCACCCCCUCUGAGGGUGGGGAUGUCAACACUCCCAAAUCCAAGGGCUCCUCCACCAAGGCUGCCCGCGCUAACCGCCGUAGGGGGAGACUGUCCCCGUCAGAUGGUGACUCGUUAGGUAGCGACCAAUCGAGUGGCAGAGAGUCUGCAGAGGAGACCACCAGACAUGUUGCCACGCCCCACGAGGGGAAACAGCACCGAAACAAAACGCCCAAGAAUGGGAGGAAUAAGAUGAUCCCUCCCACAGGCAGUGGUCCAGAUGAGCUGCUCUCCUCUUCCUCCAUCUUCGACCACGUGGACCGUCUGUCCCGAGGCUCUUCUGACGGCAGGGGUCGCCAGGCCAACAAGGUCCAGUUGAUUGCCAUGCAGCCCCGGCCCAGCCCACCACAAUGCUCACACAGCCCCACCCUCACAGAGAGGGUCAGCGCAGAGGUGGCUCUGAGACAUAAGUCAGAGAUCGAGCACCACAGGAACAAGCUGCGUCAGCGGGCUAAGAGGCGGGGCCAGUGUGAGUUCCCCUCUAUGGAUGACAUCCUGGAUGCCUUCGGGCAGGCGCAGGAGGAGGCGGGGCAGGGAGGGUGUCCCCAGCGCCUCUACAGCUCAGCCCAUGACCACAUGGACAGCAUCCUGCACAGCGACCCCCCCUCGCCCCCCACCCCAGGGGAAUCCAGGAAGAGGGGGAGGCGCUCUCCUCGGGGCCGGCGGAGGCAGCAGGGGAACGGCAGUCUGCCAGACACAGACAGACUGACGGACAGAGACCGCCUGCUCACAGACCACAGCGCCACCUACAGGAAAUACCCUGGACUCAACAAUGUGGCCUACAUGUCGGACCCGGAUCUACCUCCAGACCAUGGCAGCCCCUCCCCUAACGAUGAGGUGUUUGACCACGCCCCUCCCCCGCCGCCCUACGUGCCCCCCCAGCCGUCCAUCGAGGAGGCGCGGCAACAGAUGCACUCCCUAUUGGACGAUGCCUUCGCUCUGGUGUCACCCUCCUCCCAGGGCAGCGUCAGUGUCGGGGUCACGCAGGUCAGCCCCGCCCUGCCGAGCCCCUCUCCCUCCCCACAGACACGCCCAUCACGCCAGUGGGGCUCCUACCCCGCAGCCCCCACACACAGCCCCUUCUCUGCGAGGUAUGCAGAGUUGGGGAUGUCUCCCUCGUCAGUACAAGGCCUGUUGCAGAGGCAGGGCCUGGGUUCGGGGGCCUAUGUUACUGCAGAGGAGCAGCUGCAAGAGUCUGUCUAUGCCAACAGGGGGCAUUAUGAAGAGCCUCCCUCCUCCUCCAGACCUCGGCCUGUUGGGGGGAGCACAGGUGCUCAACUGCAUCACCUGACUCAGGUGGGGUUGUCGAGCCGGAUCAGUGCGUACCCUGGGGUGGGCCGCAGUGUCUCUGGGCCAACAGGUUCCAGCUGGAACCAGCAGCCUUUAGACCAGGACCUCUCCAGAUCUGGAGCCAGCAGAGAGAGUGUGCUGUCGUUCCCUGAGUUCUCCUCCCCCGCUGUGUUUCAGAUGCCCAGCUCCUCUCUGGGAGACCAUUCUGUCCCCCCGAUGCUCCUGGCCCCUCCCACUCCAGAGUUCCCCCUAGACGAGUCCUCCCCCUCAGCCCAAAGCUCCGCCUCCCUCAUCAAGGCCAUCAGGGAGGAGCUACGACGACUCGCCCAGAAACAGGUUGCUGUGGCCGGCACCUACUCCUAGACCAGUGUGAGCCCCUACCCCAUAACUGGUCUGAACCAGUUUGAACUACUACCUAAACAAGUAUGGACCGAUCGGAACCACUACCCCAAACUAGUUUGAAACAGUCAGAACCACUUGCCCUAAACUGGUUUAAAGAGAUUUACACUGCUAUUCAUAAGCUGGUCUGAACAAGACUCAGCCAGUCUGCAACAGAUACGAUUUCCUUACAACAAUAACAUCACUGUUCUUUAAAGGGUUCUUUCUGUAAAGGUUCCUCAUUCUACAGCACAGUGUUUCCACUGGACGGGAGGAUCGAGUUUGUUUUCUUCAGAGUUCCAUAGAAGUGCUUCCGUGAGAGGGGCCGUCUCUGCCCUUCCUGACCUCCUGUAUGUGGUGCUAAACCUCAGCGUAAUGUCUCCUGUCAUUAAGUUAACCACGCAUUGCCUUCAACAUACAUUCAUCAUCAGCCAUGUUGGUGAGGUCUUCUCCAUUCAUCAGCCAUAUUGGUGAGGUCUUGCACUGUAGAGAGAGUUGAAGACUUGGAGUAUAGUGUACUUUGCGCAUGGGGGAUUUGAAUAUAUAGAUGAAAAAAGUAUAUAAAAAUGAAAAUAUUAUAUGUGAAGAGAUGUAAAAAUCCCAAGUGAGCACAAUAUGAAUUAAUAAGAGUGACCAAUGGAGUAUUGAAAUUGUAUUUAUUUUUUAUUGCUCUGAAAGUAUACUUUUAAAUCCUUUAUUUUGACCAAAGACCAAUACUGUUUGGAUGUUCUAUGGCUGUAUUCUCCCUGUGUUGGCGCUCACUUUUGCCGUGGAGCUGAUCAUAACAUUGUUUAUCGCAGUGGAGACGUCGCUUAUCAUAGUUGCUGCUCGUGUGUUCAUGUGUUGCUGGUACAAAAAUGGAGAGAAAAAAAAUGGAUUAUGCGUUGCAGACAUAUAACGUGUGUAUAUAUAGUGCUUUUCAGUAGGUGUCAAAAGACUUGACAUGGGGCUAACCUAUCCCAUCCACCACCAAUGUGACUUUCUGCGGCAGAACUCUCACAGAAUAAAGGCAUUUCUGUGGUGACGAAUGACUGUGUCGAAUUGUGAUAGUGUUUCUCUUGGUGGGAAGAGCUGGAAAACCACUCAUGCUGGACAACCACAGAAAAUAGGCUACCUGUGAAAUUUAAGAUUGAAAUGGGAAUGAUUUUACACCACAUCGACAUAAGGUAAUGCAAAGGUGAUUUGGGGAAUUUUGAUAGGAUGGUUUAUAGCGACUGAAAAACACCUAGAUGUCCAAUUUCCCCCAAAUAGCUUCCUCUCCUUAUCUCCUUUCCUUAGUCAACUAUUAUCCAAAUGGAUGUAAAGGUGAACCUCUCAAAGAGGUGAAUUUAGGAAACAAAGCCAUUUUGGACAAAUGGACAUACUAUACUGUAGCAGUUGGUGGGUUUGGUGGUGGUUAAGUGCUCUUUGUCUCCAUCUGCUGGUGGUAUGGCUGCAUGGCUGGCUUCCAUCUUUGCUUCAGGUUGUUUUCUCUGAGGUCUUAUUGUAUCGGGUUUGGUCAAUGGUCAGUAAUGUGUGGGUUUGUGCAGGCAAGAGAAGGCUUGCUCAUCCAGCUCUGUGUUCUAGCUAUCUACAGCAUGUUGACUAUGUUUGAGGCUUGGCUAGCUAGCUAUUAGUGAUGUGACUGUUGCUGUUGUCUUCUCUCAGGCAUUCUGCUAAAAUCAGUACAAAAAAAUGUAUAAAACAGAAGUUAAACUGAAGAGUUGUAACACACAAGUAAAGAGUGAGGAGUGUUAUACAGUGCCAUCCGAACCUGAUCCAUCCAAGCACAUAAUACAUCAUGAUAAUCAAGCAGUAGAAAAGAUGCACUAUGUAAGUGUCAUUCUGUUAUACUCUUGUUUUGCCUUUUCUAAUCAUUUUUUAAAACCUAAAUGAAAAUUGAUAUAACAAUAAAUGCAGUAUAUAAAAUAAAUGUAAGUGUAAAAUAUGUCAAACUAUUUCAUCUGUGAUUGCUCAAUUAUAUGGACAACCUUUCAACGGAAGGACUAACACACCUUCCCUGUGGACCAAUCCUGAUUCAUAACUCUUCAUCUGCUGGGACUUAUAAACCUUCCUGAUUGGACCUGGCACCUGUCAAUAAGGCUGUGGGACUAUACACAGAGUGGAGUCACAGAGAUGUGUGUGUGCAGACGACAAACCGAUUCACCUGGUGCUACUAAGUAACUUACAGUAACAGACCCUUCACUCCCUCUGUACAGGGGGUUGGAGUGUGUUGAUGUCUCCUCAGUCUAACAGCAUCUCACACACAGCCUAUACCGACAUGGGGAGCACAGACACACACUGCCAACAUGGAAAACACACACACUCAGAAUUUGAUAUUCCUGUCUAAAAAGAUAGGCUUCACUUCAAACUCUGGACACCUCCUGAAUGUUUCAUAGUUCUGUGUUUUAUAGAUCUGUGAUUCUCUGAGACACCAGAGUGUCGGAGCAGGCUUGUUAUUGGCCCUAAUGCCCUGAGAUCAUACCCCUAUACUCUCUCUCUGUCCCCAGAGGGUAUGUGUUUUGUCUACUCUUGAGACUGGGGCGGGCCCAUCUAUAGGCCACACCCUGGGGCGUAUCUUCGACAGUGUAGUAGAUGCUCAGGUGUGUUAAAUGUCAGACAAGGGUGGGGUUCCUGCCCGACUAGAUUCACAGACGUUGCAUUGCAUCAACGACUGCUCAGUGGGGCAUCAAAUUUCUAUAUCACAUGUUGUGGUUAACUGACAUGUUAAACACCUAUCCAGCUGUUGUGAGGUCUGGCAUGUGUCUGCAAUGUUGUUGGGCAGGAACACCACCAAUACCUGUUUUCUAGCUCUCUCUCGCCCUCCCACUCUUCAUACCCCUCGCUCUCUCCCCUCCUUUCCCUUCUAUCUCUCUAUCCCUCUCCUCUCUCUGAGCUGCAUCCCUGUGGUGUAUAGAGUCUGAAUGAUGUGUAAAUCAAACAUUAAAGAAAUUAUGUGUUUAAA